UCCUUUAGAAAACUAACGAAUUUUGUUCGUAUACCUCUUUAUCCGAUUUUAUGUAAUUUAGAAAACGGAUCCACUUAUAUCUAAAUAAUCGUUUAAAAUCGGUUUGAAAUACGUGAAUUGCUACAAUUGUAAAUACAACUUAAAGUUAGAGAUUUCAUAAGGUCUACAAGUACCUAUUAUCAUGUAUCCCGGCUUAGCGAUCUAUAAGCAACGAAAGUGAACUAGUGUAUAGCAGUGUAUAGCAAUGGAAUGCAGUAAACUUAGAACAUGGACGAGGAAUCUGCUCAGUUCGUUCUUCAGCGUUAUGGCCAGGAACACCUACUCCAAUUUUGGACUGAGCUCUCUAUGGAGGAGAAAAAAAUUAUUUUGAAGGAUAUUUCUGAAGUGAAUUUCUCUGAGGUCACUUCAUACUUCAAGAAAGCAACAUCAUCUUCAAAGGAUAUUCAAAAGAAUUUUGAAGAAAGACUUUGUCCAAUCCCAGAUGAUGCUAUUGAUUCAUUUUCAACCUCUACUGCCGAAAAGCUGCAUCAGUAUAUGCAGUUAGGCUUAGAAGAAAUUGCAAAUGGUCGUGUUGCUGUUCUUCUUAUGGCUGGUGGACAGGGUACACGAUUAGGUGUAAAUUACCCAAAAGGAAUAUAUGACGUUGGUUUGCCAUCGCAUAAAACCCUGUUACAUUUACAAGCAGAAAGAAUUAGAAGAUUACAAGAAAUUGCAGAACAAGCAUUUGGCAAAUCUGGGGAAAUUACCUGGUAUGUGCUCACAAGUGAAGCCACACAGAAACCAACAUUGGAUUACUUUCGUGAAAACAAAUUUUUUGGUCUGAAAGAAGAAAACGUUGUAACAUUCGAACAAGGAAUGUUACCAUGUUUUACAUUUAACGGUCAAAUUAUUUUGGACGAAAAAUAUAAACUAUCCAGAGCUCCAGAUGGUAACGGUGGGGUAUACAGAGCACUAAAGGUUCAAGGAAUAUUGAAUGAUAUGGAAAAGCGUGGCAUUCGUAGCGUUCAUGCACAUUCUGUGGACAACAUCUUGGUGAAAGUAGCAGAUCCUGUCUUCUUGGGUUAUUGCCUAUCACAUUCAGCCGACUGUGGAGUCAAGGUCGUGAAAAAAUCAUCGCCUACUGAGGCAGUGGGAGUUGUUUGUCAGGUGGAUAACGAAUAUAAGGUGGUUGAAUAUAGUGAAAUUACAAAAAAGAUGGCAGAACGGCGCCGAUCAGACGGAAACCUGGUAUUAAAUGCAGGAAACAUAUGCAAUCACUACUUCACUGUGGAGUUCCUUCGUGCCGUUGGAGACAUUCAUGAAGGAAAAUUAGAUUUACAUGUUGCAAAGAAAAAGAUUCCAUACGUUGAUGAAAAUGGCAUCAGAGUUCUUCCAAACGUUGUAAAUGGGAUAAAAAUAGAGAAAUUCGUAUUUGAUGUCUUUCGUUUUGCAAGAAAAUUUGUGGCUUGGGAAGUAGUUCGUGAAUAUGAGUUCAGUGCUCUGAAAAAUGCAGAUUCAUCUGGGCAGGAUUGCCCUACUACUGCUCGCCAAGACGUUUUCGCACUUCACAAAAAGUGGCUUCUUGAUGCUGGUGCUGAAUGCGUUAGUGGUGAUGUUGAAAUUUCACCAUUGUUGUCUUAUGCUGGAGAAAAUUUAGAAAAUAUAGCAAAGGGAAAAGUUUUUAAAGGACCUACCAUAGUGCAAUAAUUGAAUUGUAUGAUUUUUUUCAAGGAAUUGACUUCAGACGGUAAAGUGACAAGCAAGAAAACAAUUUGGUAUUCUCAAAAUGUUAGCAUUCUGACAGUGAAGGUUUAUAUUGCGCUGGACCGCAAAAUCAUUUAGGUUAGAUUUCAAAAAUACUCCAAUUUUACAUAAUAAUGAUAUGUGCAUUCCAGAGUAUAUUAAAUUACUGAAGAUUAUGGUUUAAAAACAAGUGUAGCACAUCGAAAUGAAAAUGAUUGUUAUGCAAUGUAAAGUUUAAGUAUUUCAAAGAGACGAUUAUUAUAGUCAGAAAUCUGGAAGUAUUGCAAAAAAUUAUAAUUAUUUUAGUAAUUUGUUUAAUUUACUUUUUUUCUUUAAAAAAUUUGCUGAGUUCAUGAAAACAACUUUAUUCCAGCUAGAAUUCAAAUUACUAUACAUAAAUAGAAUAUAAUCAUUAGUGAAAGUUUUCAUUAUAUUAUUUGGUUAAUGGAGAAUAUGAUUAAAUCGCUUUUUCCCUAACAGAUAUAUUUCUUCGCGAUAUAAAAGCUACUGGAGAUAAUAUUUUUUGUUAUAGGAAAAUCUAUUAGUCUAUAUUCAACAUCCCAUUUUGUUAUAGUUUAAAUAAUUAGUCUUAUUGCAACUGUGAUGUUAAAAAUCAAACAACAAUGAACGUCUUUUAAAAUCACUGUUCGAACAAUUAUAUUACAAUGACGUACAUAAAGUAGUCUUUAAUUUCACUCUUUGACUAUCUAAAAGUAUGCCCAAAUGUUUUAUUAUGUCUUCAGUCCAGAAUUUUUAACAAUUGCUGUUAUCGAGGUGUAAACUAAUUUUGCGAAAAAAAUAUUAGCAGGUUCAAAUACUAAAUAUCAAACAUAAUUUAUUGGUUGAUAAAAUCAACAAUUCUAAGAUUUUACCAAUCAGUUACAUUUUUGCUACUUAUAUAGCUGCGAUCAGAUUAUGAAGAACAGGAACUCCGAAUAUCAAUAACAAAAUGUCUUCGAAGUAAUACUUCGCGAUUAUACAUCGCAGCCCACUUGCAGCCUUAGGAAAACAUGGAGUUUUUAAAAGAUUUAAGUUAUUUAUGAACUUAACAUUCCAAAUGCAUUACUUCUUUUAUAGAAAUGGAUAAUCUAGAUAAAAACUGUGUAAAGAGAAAGCAUCGUACUUACAUUAUACUGAUUAAAAAUCAGUAAACAUUCAAUUUCGUCUUAACCAUAGGCUCUUCUAUGAUAUUUUAUAUCUGUCUUUAUGUGCAAAAGCACAAUUUUUUUAGAUUAUGUCCAUAUGCACAGUGAUGGAGAAAACAAUCAAUAUAAAAUAAAUGUAUUUUUACUGGA